GAACCCAGCUCAACAAGUACCACAGAAACCAGUGCAACCACCUCAACAACCACCUCAACAAGUACCACAAAAACCAGUGAAACCACUUCAACAGGUACCACAGAAACCACUGAGCCCACCUCAACAAACACCACAAGAAACACAGAUACCACUUCAACAAGUACCACAGAAACCAAAACCAGUGCAACCACCUCAACAAGUACCACAAAAACCAGUGAAACCACCUCAACAAGUACCACAGAAACCAGUGCAACCACCUCAACAAGUACCACAAAAACCAGUGAAACCACCUCAACAAGCACCACCAAAACCACAACCACCUCAACAUCCACCACAGAAACCAGUGAACCCAAUUCAACAAUUACCACAGAAACCAGUGCAACCACCUCAACAAGUACCACAAAAUCCAGUGAAACCACCUCAACAAGUACCACUGAAACCACUGAACCCACCUCAACAAGUAUCACCGAAACCACUGAACCCACCUCAACAAGCACCACAAAAACCAGUGAACCCACUUCAACAAGUACCACAGAAACCAGUGGAAGUACCUCAAAAAGCACCACCAAAACUAGUAAACCCACUUCAACAAGUACCACAGAAACCAGUGCAACCACCUCAACAAGUACCACAAAAACUAGUGAAACCACCUCAACAAGUACCACUGAAACCACUGAACCCACCUCAACAAAAACCAGUGCAACCACCUCAACAAGUACCACAAAAACCAGUGAAACCACCUCAACAAGUACCACUGAACCCACCUCAACAAGUAUCACCGAAACCACUGAACCCACCUCAACAAGCACCACAAAAACCAGUGAACCCACUUCAACAAGUACCACAGAAACCAGUGGAAGUACCUCAACAAGCACCACCAAAACCAGUGAACCCACUUCAACAAGUACCACAGAAACCAGUGCAACCACCUCAACAUCCACCACAGAAACCAGUGAACCCAAUUCAACAAUUACCACAGAAACCAGUGCAACCACCUCAACAAGUACCACAAAAACCAGUGAAACCACCUCAACAAGUACCACAGAAACCAGUGCAACCACCUCAACAAGUACCACAAAAACCAAUACCACUUCAACAAGUACCACAGAAACCAGUGGAAGCACCACAACAAGCACCACAGAAACCAGUGAAACCACCUCAACAGGUACCACAGAAACCACAACCACCUCAACAUCCACCACAGAAACCAGUGAACCCAAUUCAACAAUUACCACAGAAACCAGUGCAACCACCUCAACAAGUACCACAAAAACCAGUGAAACCACCUCAACAAGUACCACUGAAACCACUGAACCCACCUCAACAAGUAUCACCGAAACCACUGAACCCACCUCAACAAGCACCACAAAAACCAAAACCAGUGCAACCACCUCAACAUCCACCACAGAAACCAGUGAACCCAAUUCAACAAUUACCACAGAAACCAGUGCAACCACCUCAACAAGUACCACAAAAACCAGUGAAACCACCUCAACAAGUACCACAGAAACCAGUGCAACCACCUCAACAAGUACCACAAAAACCAGUGAAACCACCUCAACAAGCGUACCACAGAAAACAGUGAACCCACGUCAACAAGCACCACAAAAGACACUGAACCUACUUCAACAAGGACCACCGAAACCAGCAGAAGUACCUCAACAAGCACCACCAAAACCAGUGAUCACACUUCAACAAGCAUCACAGAAACCAGUGAACCCACAUCACCAAGCACCACGGAAACUGGUUUAA